GUACGGGGACACAGCGGGACCUGCCGAGACCGAGCGGAGCCGAGUGUGAGGCUGAGCGGGGCCGAACGAGGCCAAGCAGAGCCGAGUCCGAGACGAGUGGAGCCGAACGAAGCCGAGCGGGGCCGAUCGGAGCCGAGUUCGAGCCGAGCGAAGCCGAACGAGGCCGAGCGGGGCCCGAGCCGAUCAGGACCCCCGGGGAGUCGCCGGGAUCCACCGGGACCGACCGGGACUCAGCAGGACCAACCGUGAGCGAGCGGAACUCACGUGGACACACCGGAAUCCAGCGGGGCUGAGCGGCGCCGCCAUGUGCGACGCGGCGGGUGACGGUGCCGGGUGCGGGGCGGACACGGAACCGCCGAGGCGCCGCCGCGCACCGGGAGACAGUGCUGCUCGAGGACCGGGACCUCCCCCCCGGGGAUCAGGCCCCGGUGUCCCCGGUGACCGGCCGUGUCCCCACAGCCACCCCCGAAGCUGCAUGAAGUGCGGGCAGGGCACGGCCGCCCUCGUCAUCCGCGUCGGGGACCCAUUCUGCCGGGGCUGUUUCCGUGAGUACUUCGUGCACAAAUUCCGUGCCAUGCUGGGCAAGAACCGCGUCAUCUUCCCAGGAGAGAAGGUGCUGCUGGCAGUGUCAGGGGGCCCAGCCUCCAGUGCCAUGGUCCGGCAGGUGCAGGAGGGGCUCAGCCGGGAGGCGGCCAAGAGACUCCGCUUCGUCCCUGGCCUCGUCUACGUUGAGGAGGGAGCCGUGCGCAGGCAGAGCCCAGAGCAGCGGGAGCAGACCCUGGCCCAGAUGGAGACCCUGCUGCAGGCCACCGGCUUCCCCUACCACCUGAUCCACCUGGAGGAGGCUCUGGAGCUGCCCCCAUCCAUCCUACAGCCGGGGCCAGAGCGUGCCAGCACAUCCUGCCCAUCUGGCCCUUCCUACAAGAAGGCUGUGGACAGCUUCAUCCAGCAGCAGCGGCAGGAUGGGGACAGUGGCACCUCUGUGGCUGGUCACAGCGCCGAGGACACACCAGCAGGAUCCCCGGCCAGCCCCCGCCUGCCGGACACUGCCCAAACCCAGGAGCUGCUCCGCAGCUUUGAGGCCGUGGGGACGGCGACAGCACGGGAGGAGCUGCUGGAGAUGCUGCGGACCCACCUGAUCGUGCAGACAGCGCGGGACAGGGGCUAUGCCAAGGUGAUGAUGGGCGAGAGCCUCACACGCGUGGCCAUCAAACUUCUCACCAACCUCUCCCUGGGGCGUGGCGCCUUCCUUGCCGUGGACACGGGUUUCACGGACCAGCGCCACGGUGACGUGAUGGUGGUGAGACCCAUGCGGGACUACACAGCUAAGGAGAUCGCCUUCUACAACCACUUCUUCAGCGUCCCCACUGUCAUUGUGCCACCCCUCUUCACCAAGCACCGGGAAAAGCCCAGCAUCCACCAGCUGGUCGAACGCUUCUUGCUGGGGCUGCAGGAGGAGUUCCCAUCCACCAUCAGCACCGUGUACAGGACCGGGGAGAAGCUGAGUCCAGAACCAGCCAAGGCCAGCAGCGAGUCCCAGCGCUGCCUCCUCUGCCUCUGUGGCCUGGACACUGACGGGGAGGAGGAGUUGGCUCUGGAGCCCACACUGAUCUUGGAGGAGCCAGCAGCAGGGGUUGAGAGCAAAGCUGCCUACAUCCCCCUGCUGUGCUACAGCUGCCGCCUCACCUUCAAGGAGCUGGGUCCCCUUGACACGUUGCCACCCUAUGUGCGCGCCGAGGGCCAGCGCAGGAUCCGCAGAGCUGAGAUGGAGCAGGACCAGGAGAACCAGGAGUCCAGCAAGAGCUGAAGGAGUUGGGGACAGCAGGGGACACACUCCCAUCCCACUGUGGAACUGCUGGGGCAGGUGCCACUCCUCAGGGAUAGGCCAGAGGUU